AUGAAAAAUGCGGAGCUGAUAGCAACUGCGUCCUCCUUCUACAUGCUCAAACCGGAAGCCUUCCAGAACAACUUUGAGGAGCAGCUGGAGGAGGUUCUGCAAGAGGAGGUGCAGCUGGAGGAGGUCAGCAGCAGGCUGAUCAUCAGGGAGGAGCAGCUGUUCUGUCUGGACGGGCAGCAGUUGGAGCAGGAGGAGGACCGGCUGCACAGAGACUUCCAGGCUCUCAGACUGCAGAUGCUGAUGGCCGUCCACAACAUCUUUACCUCCUCCUUUAGGACCUCCUCUCUGAGAAGCGCCAUGGCCUCCCUCCAGCAGCAGGAGCAGCAGGACCGGCGCUGGGCGGGGAUUCCGGAGGAUCGAGUACCGCCGUGGCGCCCUCUGAAGAGCCUAGAGGAGCACCUCAGGGUGCUGCAGGAGGAGGUGCACUGCAGACUGACUGCAGAGGAGGAGGGAGGAGCAGCUCUGAACACUACUCUGAAGAGAGAGGUGUUUCGCAUGGGGCUGCGUGUGAAGGAGGACCUGCUGAUGGUGGUGCGGGUGCUGCUGGAGUGUUACCCCCCCCAGAUGGACAUCCUGAGCGUUUACUCCGGACUGUUCCAUCAGAGCCUGUCUGCGCGGCUGACUGCGCUGGCUGCCCGCAGCCUGCAGACCGAGGAUUGCAGCUACCUGCUGUUCUGGGUCAACCACUGCUACCCACAGGAAAUAUUGAACCAUGAAGAACUGAAAGGAAAGAUACUGCCAGCCUGUCUGGGUCCCCUGCUGCUGCAGGAACACCAGGACCGGCUGGAGGACCAGUAUCUGACCCACAAACAGGACCAAACCAAGCUGUGGCUGGACACGGCUCUGAGGAAGGAGGAGGAAAGCUGGCUGAGCAGCCGGGAGCCAGAAAUCAUCGACGAGUACUGCUUCAGUCCACUGGCUAUAGAUGUCCUUCAGGUAUUAGACAGCUCCCUGACUGAAUGCAGCUCUGUCCUCGGAGACCAGAGGAAAGCUCAGAGGCUCACAGCUCACCUGGAGAACUUCCUCAGCAGCUACAGGAAGUGUGUGGAAAGUUUUGUGAAGGGGAAGCACCGUAACGCCCUCACAGUGAUCAAAGCUCAGCUGGUCUGUGAGCAGCAGCUCAGGGAUUACAUCACAGGUCAAACAGGAAGUCUGUCGGAGCAGCAGAGACGUCGCUGUCUGGACACUCUUGCAGCCCUGAAGGAUUGUGGGUACAGGUGUCUCACCUGUCCCAUUCACCUCCAGAUGAAGGUGUGCUUGUCUCACCUGUGGACACCCGCCUGGAUCCACGGGUCACUUCCUGCCAUCGACUCUCUGCUCCACUUUGUCAGCCAACAGCUGAUGGACCUGAAGCCUGCCUGCAGACAGUGGGUGCUGAUGGAGCUGCAGCAGGAGGUGUGUGUGCAGUAUGUGAGGAGGACGAGGAGGAUGAUGAAGAUGAGGAGGCAGCAGCAGGAGGAAGGAGCUGAGAGGAUGAGGUCAGACGCCCUGAAGAUCAGCGCCUUCUUCAAGGAGGGGGGCGUCGCCGUCUCUCUGCAGGAUCCUGGUCUUGUCCAUCAGGAAGUCCUCCGGCUGACACGGAGCUGCCCCGACCUCAGUGACGCUCACCUGUCAGCGCUGCUCGUCCUUUACUCUGGCCAAUCAAGUGCCAGCGUGGAGGAGACACGCCUCCUCGCCGUCUCCUCGAAUCUGAACUCCUCGUUCUUCUUCGGGGUCAAAAAGCCCGCCUCUUCAGAAACUCUCCAAAAUUUCGUGCCGGGUCACAUGGGGGCUUUUCUUCACGUGCAAAGCCCGCCCCAGUCCGGGGGCCCAGGUUAG